UGGAGUAAAUAUGAACAUGAACAUGAAUCUAGUAGUUUAGAGACAGAACGAAGCAGUUGGAUAUUUAUAAGUGUGCUUGAUUGCUAUAGUAGCCCAUAUAAAAUUUAGAUUUUCUGUGAGAUCACCGAAAAAACAAGAACUUACGAAAUUUUGACGAAACUAUUUUAAAGUUUAUCUGACACAGUGGAAAGAAAAAGAGAGACCAACUUGGAGACCACACAACCUAACCAGCUCCAUCUGGUCACUUCAGGCGGAACACAGUUCAGCCAUUCGGAUCUAAUCAAGUGUAUUGUUUUUCUGACGCCUUCCUGAUAAUGGGAUCAGAUAAUGGGACUAGCUCCUUGGAGAACGUGACAAACAGUAACAACAUUGUGAGUAACAAUAUCUCUGUUACCUUUGGGGCCCUCAUCCUCAGCAUCGUCUUCCUCCUGGGUGUUCCUGGCAACCUCUUCAUUAUCUGGAGCAUCCUGGCACGUGCCCGCAAACGCUCCGUCACUACCCUGCUCAUCCUCAACCUGGCUUGUGCAGACGGUUUUCUGAUGUGUCUGACAAUUUUCUUUAUAAUAUACCUAGCCAAGCAGAACUGGAUAUUUGGAAGUGUCAUGUGCAAGCUGCUUUUUUACUUGUGCAAUACAAACAUGUAUGCUUCUAUUAUGAUCAUUACGCUGAUGAGUCUACACAGACUAGUGGCAGUGAUGUGGCCCACAUACUUGACUGCCUGCACUCGUAGACGGACAGUAUUACUUGUGCUUGGGUGCCUGUGGAUUGUCGUAUUUCUUUUGGCACUUCCUGCUUUAAUAUUCAGACGAACAGAGAAGAAUUACAAUGGGAAGGAACGCACUGUGUGUGCAACUCAUCACGAGUAUCCACAGCAUGGAGUAUUUCAAUACACACUUGAAACAGUAGUGGGCUUCCUGGUGCCAUAUGUGAUCAUAGUCAGCAGUUAUGUGUGUAUCCUUCGCCGCCUCAGACAGACCAUGUUCAAGAGAAGGAUACGGAGUGAGAACCUUAUUCAAGCCAUUAUUGUGACGUUCUGCAUUUUUUGGCUUCCUUACCACUGUAUUAAUAUAGUGCAAGUGGCAGCAGCUCUUACAUCAGAUGGAUCACUCAAAAAGAGACUGGAUAACAUCUGGCAGUCCAGCCGUGCGGUUACGUCCGCUUUGGCUUUUAUCAGUAGUUGUGCCAAUCCGGUCCUCUACGCCUUUGCUGGACGCUCCUACAUCAAAGCUGAUGGCUUGGCAUUCAUGGCCAGACUCUUUGAGGGCACUGUCCUGGACUAUGGUGCACGGAGAAGCCGUUAGAACAGAUGUCAUCAGGCUCUAAACCUCAUUGGAGCGCAGACACAAAUUAAUCUUGGACAAUAAAUUGGAUUCUUUUGCAUCAGUUUGUAUUGUGACUGAUACUGUUGGGAAUAAACAGGUCAACAAUUUCAUCUAAAGGGAAAGCAGCCUAAAGACCUAUAGUGUUUUUUAAAAUUUGAUUUAACUCCAUUAUAAAUGAGCUAUAUGCAGCUUGCUUUCAUUUUAAAUUAGCCUUAAAGUUGACAAACUGCUGAUACAGGAUUACCCCCAUUUGAAGACUGCAUUGCCGUUACACAUUCAUUUGAAUAACCACGGUAAAUCCAGACUUACAUUCUGUGUAUAUAUAAAAUCUUUGCAUUACCUCUUGUGAAUUUGAACAAAGAUUGCGUAAAUACUUAACCGUGUAUACAUUUACAGGACUGGAAUUAUUAAGUCACCAGCAAAUGAUCACAGGUAUUUUAGAGUCAUUGUGAACUCACUUUUGAAAGUACAAACUCAUGCAGGAACCACACCUUUAUGGGCUUUCUUGUUGGAAAUAUCUAAAACAAUUUAAAACAAUUAAAUUGUUUAAAAACUGUUUAUGCAUAAAGCUACUAAAGUGGUCACACACGAAAGGAAACACCCAAUCUCUUUUUAUAGCGGACUUUAAAAUUAAUUGCUUGUACACAACCCACACCAUGAAUCAGCCAUGUAUUUUAAAAUGAGAAUUUAUUGUAGCAGUUUCAAAUCAUUACAUCACUGACUGACAGUAUAUUGCUGGCAUGUUUCAGAGUUCCAAGGAUAGCAAGCACAUGGACAUACUAUUCUACAAGUUACAAUUAUACUAGUUUUCUACGAAAUAAUUGGGUUUUUAAAAUAAAGGUCAGUGGAGUUCAUUCAAAUCAAUAGAAGUCAGUCUGGUCACAUGAAGUAAAUACCUA